CACACGAGAUUUUCAAUCUACUUUUCCCCUACCCCUCACUUUAAAGCUCUCACAUACAGCUUCAAAAAGCAGCUGGGUUUAAUUUUCAUGGAGAAUUCAAUUCUUGGCAUCCCAACACUUCCAGCCUUCUUCUCAAUAUUUCUGCUCAUCUAUCUCUUUGCUUAUUUUGUGGUUUUCCGCAACUGGGGUCCAAAACACAGACCAGAAGCUUCAAGCUGCCUAAUCUCUCUAGCUCAUGGCCCUACAGCAGCCAUUAUGUCCAUCUACUCAAUCCUCCAGAGCCACAAAGCCCCCACCUUUGCCUCUCCCAACGACACUUUACAAAACACCAUACUUGAAUUCAGCAUAGCUUACUUCUUCCUUGACCUCCUUCACUAUUUACUCUUCUUCCCCAGUGAUGUUCUGUUCAUCCUCCACCAUUUAGCCACACUCUACGUGUUUACGACUUGUCGUUACGUGGUUCAUCAUGGGGCCAACGCUAUCCUUGUGCUUCUCUUUCUUGCUGAAAUUACAAGUGGCUGCCAGAACGUUUGGACCCUUGCAAGUUAUCGCAGGGCUGAUUCACCGGCUGCUGCCAAAUUGUACGACUUCUUGUCUCCUCGGUUUUAUGUUUUUUACAGUGUUUUCAGAGGGUUUCUUGGACCACUGUUCAUGUUCAAGUUGGGGUUGUUUUAUGCAAGUGGGGCAGCUGAACCCAAAAUUCCCAGAUGGGCAUGGGUUUCUUGGAUGGUUGUGAUUUUAAUUGCCAUCGGCCUUAGCAUAUUGUGGGUUUUGAAUCUUUGGAUCGAUUGGCACAGAAACAGAGUACAGAAGAAAGAGAGGUAGAACAAAGUGUUAUGCCUUUUUUUUUUAGAACUUUUUUUUUUUGUUGGGUAAAAUUAUAAAUGGGGUUGUAUAAUGUUCAUAUUUCCAAGAUAAGAUUCAUCUAUGUCUUUGUAUCAUUACUCGUGUAACUAUUAGACAGGCUGGUGUCUUCUUCACUUAUUGGUGUUUUCAUUUAUGGAGAAGGUUCCAAACUUCACAUU